GAUUUCGAAUUCUAAAUACAAUACAUUCGUUUGUGCCUGUGUCUUCUUAAUUCAAUUGCGUUAAUCCUGGAAUUCCUAAUUCAUACGAUAAUUAGAAUACUAUAUUGGCGUCGUGAUGGAACCUGCAAUGGAAAAGUUGGAUAUUCAUUCAACUCCUGAAGCUAUUGAGGAUUAUUUGGAAAGGUUCGAAAUUUGGAGCAUGACCAAAGAAGUUGAUGAGGAUGUUAAUAUUGUGGCACACUUCCUCACAUUCAUUGGGAGAGAAGCGUACAGCUUAUUAAAAUCUUUGGCAUAUCCAGAAAAACCGAUCUCACUCCCUUAUGCAAUUCUUAAAGAGCUAUUGUUAAGUCAUGUAAAAUGCACCAGUUUUGAAUGCCAUGAAAGGGCGAAGUUUCAUAAGAUGGUUCGUCAAAAUGACCAAAAGGUUCGGGAAUUCAUCCUUGAAUUACAGAAACAAGCUACCAAGUGUAAUUUCGGUGAUCAACUUCAUGUGCAACUGAGAGAUCGAUUAAUUGCAGGAAUCAACAUACCGAGUUUGGAAAGAGAUCUGUUAAGAAUGCCAAACUGUUCCUUUCAAGAUGCUAGGACUGCGUGUAUUAACUACGAAUCAGUGAAUGAACUUGAUAUCCAGUCGAUGAAGAUUUCUGAUACUUUGCUUAGUCGUCAUGAUGAACUACAAUCUCAGGGUCAAUCAAAUUUGCGUUCAUUUAACAGUGAUUCCUAUUCUCGUGUAAAUAUGAAAGGUGUUUCAACGACGAAUUACAAAGCAAAUCACAAAGGUGAGAUGAAGCUUGGUAAAUGUUUAUCAUGUGGAAAGUUUCAUGCUCACAAUCCAUGUGUAUUUCGUAAUGCUGAAUGUUUUAAAUAUGGUAAGGUAGGACACAUUCAGUCAGUAUGCAAAGCUAUUGUCCAUUUUGCUUCAAGCUGUACUAAAUCUUGUAAUUUAAAUUUAAAUAAUUGGAUGUUUCUAAUGAUCAUUUAUCUUUAUCAACGAUUUCAAAAGACAGUGCAGAGUCAUAUGACAGUUCAGAGUUAGAUGAAAUCCAGAAUUCUUGUGAGAAAACAGUUCCUUAUCAACCUAUUUAUCAGAAUUCUCAUGCUAUUGUACCAGGUAUGACUUUUCCUAAUGAUUCACAUAUUUCUAAUGAAAUUACUUGCAAUAUUGAGGAAAAUAUGUUAAAUGAACCUAAUCAUGAUCGGAAACCUGAUGUGGUUUGGAUAGAUGCUGGUUUUUCUAACGAUCCUACGCUCUGCAAUGACAGUCCUAAUGAAUUUCAUGAGAAUAUUUCAGAAGAAUCAAAUCCUGAUGUCAUAUCAUAUAUUACCUAUCCUCAUAAUGUAUUUGAUCCUUGUGAAAAACCUGCUCAAUUUGAAGCACGAGUACAAAGUGACCUCGAGUUUGAUUACAUUUCGGAUGAUUUCAUAUCAACUGCUGUUUACCCUUAUCACAAAAACAGUUCUAAUGUUUACUCUAAACAAUGUGAGAAAUAUGUUUUAAAUGAAGCCACAUUAUUCAUAACUUGGGGAUAUAAAGAUCCAACAUUAUUUCGUGGGGGAGGAUAGUGUUGAAAAAUCUAUGGUUUGAAUUCCAGAUAUUAAUGAUUUCAGUACAAAACCGACAUGCUGGUUGUAUACAAUUCCAGGUGAGUCUGUUCCGAUUUCGUUUGUUAAUUCCAAUACUAAUGAGCACUUUCUAGAUACUACAAAGUUUUUAUCUUACACAAUGUCGGACAGACUCAGAAUGAACUUAACAAGAAGACGUACAACCGAUUACAAACACUUAUACUUCUAUUUAAGCUGUGGCGGAUGUGGUGUUUGAAUGGACUAAUGAUAACUUUGUACUGGUUGAAUGUUUGAUUUCGAAUUCUAAAUACAAUACAUUCGUUUGUG